AUGGAUGUUAUAAACAAACAUGUUAUUAUGUCAGUAAGGUGAAAUGUUAAUAUUAUUAGAAAGUUAGUAGGAAUCUCAGAGGCCAUACGUUUGAUAUUAGUCUUAGUUAAAUUAAGAAUUAUUAAUUUAACAAUAGUAACAUUUAUCUUAAGUAGAUAUACAUACUUUAUGACUUUUUCAAUUCUUAGUAAUAUUAUUGGUAUGCUUCCCCCCCUAACGAAGUGUCUAAUAAAGGAAGGAAGAAAUAUUCACACUAAAACAGAAUCGGGGGACCCCACAACGAAGUUGUGGGGGCCCAACUCCGAUAGGGGGAGAAGCCAAUUCAAUAAAUACUUGCCAUUUCGUCAAUGGUUAGCAGGUUUAAUAGACGGAGACGGAUAUUUUUUAUUAACUAAAAAAGGAUAUAGUAGUUGUGAAAUAACUAUGGACGCCAGGGAUGCCAAAGCAUUAUAUGAAAUAAAACACAAAUAUGGUGGAAAUAUAAAACCUAUUUCAAAUGCUUCUGCAGUAAGAUAUAAGUUAAGACAUAAAAAAGGUUUAAUGAAAUUAAUAAACGAUGUAAAUGGAUUAUUAAGAAAUCCGACACGAUUAUUACAAAUGAAUAAAUUAUGUGUAAAAUAUGAUAUAGAACUAAAAUAUCCUGGACCUUUGACUUUUAAUGAUGGAUGAUUAAGUGGAUUUAUAGAUAGUGACGGAUCCAUUUAUUAUAACGAAAGAUCCGGACAAGUGUUUAUAAGUUUAACUCAAAAAAAUAGAUAUCUAUUAGAACCGUUAAUAGCAAUAUACGGAGGAAGAGUUGAUAUACAUAGCCCCAAAAUAGAAGCAUUUAAAUAUAUUAUCUAUAGAAAAGGUGAGUUAUUAAACUUAAUAGAUAAUUAUUUUACUAAGUAUCCAUUAAAAACAGAAAAAAUGAAAAGAGUUAAUUUAAUAAAAGAUUUCUAUUUACUAAGAAUACAUGCAAAAAGUCAAGACAUAAACAAAUUUAAUGAAUGAGUUAAAUUCAAAGAUAGAUGAGAAAAAUACCAAGAUUAA